CUGGUUCCGGGGGCGGGGCCUGCCGCGCUGACUCUCAGGUGCGUGCACCUGGGGGAGACGCCCCGCCCCCCCGCCAGGUGCCGGCUCCGCCUGCGCUGCUCGCCGGCGAGGCCUCGGUCCCGCGGGCCCCCCCUCCCGGGCUCAGGGGAACGAGGAGGAAGCAGCAGGAGGGCGGCGGCCGGCUCUCCAGCCCUGGAGUCAGCUCCGCGGGCAGCACCGCAGGCUCCCCCCACCCCCCCCGCCCUGGCCGAGGUGCUCCCGGGGCUGCUGCGCUCCAGCCCUUUACCGAGACCAGCCCGCAGUUUGCGUCACUCUCUGAAGAGGUGAACCAUGAAGCGAAACGAAAAAGGAAGCAUCUAGAAAGGACAAGUUCCCCCCAAACUGUCAAGAGGUCAAAAGACAAUACUCUGGUCCCUGAGGCUAAAGGUGAAUCCUCUGAAUCAGAAUACUUCUCCUGCUAUUCCUCCUUGAGUCAUCUGUCUUCUGCAGGAAUCUCAAAAUCAAGCAAAUUUGAUCCACCACCUGGCCACUGUUUGGAAGACAAUACUCUGGUUACUGAGGCAAAAGGUGAAUCCUCUGAAUCAGAAUACUUCUCCUGCUAUUCCUCCUUCAGUCUUCUGUCUUCUGCAGGAAUCUCAAAAUCAAGCAAAUUUGAUCCACCAACUGGACCCUCUUUGGAAGACAAUACUCUGAUAUGUGAGGCUAAAGGUGAAUCCUUUGAAUCAAAAUACUUCGGCUAUUCCUUCUUGAGUCGUCUGUUUUCUGCAGGAAUCUCAAAAUCAAGCAAAUUUGAUCCACCACCUGGCCCCUCUUUGGAAGACAAUACUCUGGUCCCUGUGGCAAACGGUGAAUCCUCUGAAUCAGAAUACUUCUCCUGCUAUUCCUCCUUGAGUCAUCUGUCUUCUGCAGAAAUCUUAAAGAAGCAAAAGGAUACUCCACAGCCUGGUGAGAGUACCUCACAGGAAGAACACAGUGCCGUUGUCUCAAGUGACCUCCCCUGUGCCUCUGACAAUAAGAAUACGGAAGUCUUAAACACAGAUGAAGACAUUCUACUUUCUGGACCCUCUGGGUUGGCCCAAGGCCACAGCCAGAGGGCAGAAGUUUCAGACUCAGAAUAUAUUUCCCGUAUCUCUCCUGCAGACAAGCUCUUUGACAGAGGUAAUAUGGUGGGAGUGGAGGGGCUGGGGGGAAAUCAGGCAGAGAGGUGAGGCAGCAUGUUAGCCAAAAAUUAGAAUUACGAGCCUAUGCGCCGCAAUGCCAUAAAGGACCCCUUCUCACGAGGACUGUCCAAGGUCUUAUUCCUAAUUAAUAAGCAGAAAUGUACCAGGGAU